GAUUAACAGUCAUGGAUGUACGAAUAUCUAGGUACGACGUGCAUCGUUUAGAUACAUCUCGGCUAGACCCAGAAUCUGAUUGGUCAACCAUGCUGGUUACCCUAGAUAAAAACGGAUGUAUUUAUUGGAAAGCACAAGAAUUUUGCUUUAUUCUUAUUUAACAUAAUGCAAGAUGCGUUGAGAAAUUGUUCUCUCAGUGAAAUCUAAGUGGAUACAAUUUAUUUUAAAUGUUUUUUUUUGUAUGAUAUUGCUAACUAUUCAAAUUGAUUUUCUAUCAAUAAAUUGAUUAUCACAUGUGCAUCAACUUUAGAAAAUUUCUUCUAACUAUAUUAUAUGACUUAUCUAAUUUUAUAUAAUGGAUGGUACAAAUUUAUUUAAUAUAUUUCUUCAAACACACAAGCCACAGCUUCAAUCUUAUGGUGUUCCACAAUUAUUCUGGGAAAGUCUGUACAAGAAGCUAAAGAAUCAAAUUUUUGAUGGUGGUCUUGUCUUCCAAUUGGCAAAGGUGGAAUAUGAGAAUGAAGAAAGACACGAUACAGAGCCAAUUUGGAAACUAAUCGUAUCUGCGGAAAGUGGCAUUUGUGUUCAAGAUCCAAAUAACAUUUAUUUGAUUGAUCAUGCAUGGACCUAUGAUAUUGGUAAUGCUCGACAAAAUUUAAUCCAAGUACCCAAUCUGCUUGAUCGUAUGUGCUUAUUGAUGGGCCUAGAUAUUGAAGCCGAAGAACAGGAAAAAAUUGAAAAUGUUAUGAAUGAAAUGUGGCGAUACAAUCAGUCAUAUUCAGUAAAUUAUGGAGCAAUAGAGGACAGAAUGCCAAUAUGGUAUGUUAUGGAUGAAGUUGGAUCAGCGAUAAAUCAUAGCAAUGAACCAAAUUUUAGAGCAGUGCCUUUUCUGCACAUGCCAGAAGGUGUAAUUUAUACACUUCUGUUUCCUAUAAAAGAUGUUGAUGCAGGUGAUGAAGUUACAAGAGAUUUUGUAGAAGGUCAGACAAAAGAUCUUCAAAAGAGACGUGCAUUAUUAUUGCCUUGGGUUGACAGCACCUUUGAGGAUGAAAAUUUUGAACAGGUUGAGCCAGAUGUAGAUUACUUUUCAACAGGUCAUGUUCAUGAAAGCUUGCCAGAAAUAACGGAUGAACUAAAGGCAGAUACUAGUAAAAAAUUAAAGGUUUUUUCACAUUAUGAUAAUAUUAUUAAUUAUUUGACGGAUCCAGCAUUUGAAAUUACUGAUAAUGAAGAAGAAGCAGACAUAUUGUGGCUUAUGUCUCACUACAAAACAUAUAAAGAAUUGAGCCUUUCUUCGCCUCACGUUUUUAUAAACCAAUUUCCAUAUGAAAAUAUUUUGACAAUAAAGGAUCUCUUGUCGAUUGUAUGUAGAAGAAAAGCGAUAGAUAAAUUAUAUGAUCCAGAUACUCUCGAAACUUAUCCAGCAUGGUUACCGACAACAUAUAACUUGAGCACGGAAUUGGUGCAGUUUGUUGCUUACUUUACACAACGAGCAGAUAAGGAUUUGGAUAAUCAUUGGAUUUGCAAACCGUGGAAUCUGGCCAGAGGCUUGGACACUCAUAUUACGAACAAUCUCUAUCACAUUCUCAGAUUACCUUGCACAGGGCCUAAAAUCGCGCAGAAAUAUAUCGCGCGACCAGUUUUAUAUAACAGGCCGGAUAUCAACCAAGUGAAAUUCGACAUAAGAUAUGUUGUAUUGUUCAAAUCAGUAAAACCAUUGCGAGCGUACGCUUACGCGAACUUUUUCCUGCGUUUCGCAAAUCUACCGUUCGCGUUGAACAAUUUUGAUGUAUACGGGCAACAUUUCACCGUCAUGAAUUAUACCGAGGAAGAUGCGCUCUUUCACUUAAAAUGCGCCGAUUUCAUCGUGGAAUGGGAAAAUCAGUAUCCCGACUAUCCAUGGAAAACCUAUGUUGAACCAAAGAUUCUUUUCGUUUUACGACAGGUUUUCGAAGCCGCAAUAGCGCAACCGCCGCCAAAAGGAAUCGCUGAAAGUCCGCAAAGCAGAGCCGUGUAUGCCGCUGACUUGAUGCUGGAAUGGAAGGACUCCGAAAUGCAGCCCAAGUUGUUGGAAAUAAAUUUUACGCCCGAUUGUCAACGAGCGUGCGAAUAUUAUCCGGAUUUCUAUAAUGAUAUCUUUAAAUGCCUUUUCUUGGAUAUUGAAAAUCCAGAAAUCUUUCAUACAUUAGAUUGAUCCGAAUGUGACAAGAUCGUUUGGCUUUAUUAAAAGAAAAAAAUAUA